CCUCCCUUAUUUGGCUCUUCUGAUUUUAAUAUCAUAUUUGGCGUACACGUCAUCUAAAAUGGCUGUCUACGAAACCUUAAAACUUCACAUUACAUCAGACAAGUUUAUUGUAGAGCCAGUUGAUAGUAGUAAUAAUGAACUACUUGUCAUUGAUCGAGUUUCACAAGAAAUAGCUUUACAGGGCAACAAAGGACAAAUACCAGCAUCAGCAAUUACAAGAACCAUUUAUGGAAUUUUAGGAAUUAUUCGGCUGAUAGCAGGUCCAUAUUUGGUUGUGAUAACUAAGAAGAAGAAAGUUGGAGAAAUCAAUGGUAAUACAAUAUGGCAGAUCUUAGAUACAGAGAUGCAUUCUUACAAACGAUCUACAACACAUCUUACAGAGGGACAGAUAGCUGAUAAUAAAUUGUAUAUUUCUAUGGUGGAGUCAGUUUUAAAAACAGAAUAUUAUUAUUUUUCAUCAUCGUUUGAUUUAACUCAUUCCUCACAACGCUUAUAUAAUACUAGUCCAGAUUUUACUUCUAUGGGAUUAUUAGAAAGGGCAGACCAAAGAUUUGUAUGGAAUGGCCAUAUAUUAAGAGAAUUAGCACAACAACCAGAAUUAUCCAGAUAUUGUUUACCUAUAUUACAUGGAUUUAUAAGUAUUAAAUCCUGUGAAUUAAAUAAUAAAAGGUUUGAUUAUAUAGUAAUAUCUAGAAGAUGUAUAUAUCGAGCAGGGACCAGGUUUUAUAUGAGAGGGUUAGAUCAACAAGGACAGGUAGCUAACUUCGUAGAAACAGAACAGUUGGUUUUAUAUGAUGGACAGAGAUGUUCCUUUGUACAAACUAGAGGUUCCAUUCCAUUAUUCUGGUUUCAACGACCAAAUUUAAAAAGAAUGCCACUUCCAUCUAUUAGCAGUACCUCAAACCAUAUGGAUGGUUUUCAACGACAUUUUGAUGAUCAAGUAUAUAAUUAUGGUAAACAAGUUAUAAUUAACUUGAUCAAUCAAUCUGGUUAUGAACAUUUAAUGGAGAAAGCUUUUUCACAAACAGUUGUCAAUUCUCAAAAUGAUUCUAUCAGAUAUGAGGCAUUCGAUUUUCACAAUCAGUGCAAAAAAAUGCGAUGGGAUCGACUUUCUAUAUUAAUAGAUAGAUUAGAGAAUGAAAGAAGACAGUUUGGUUAUUUUAUGGUACAGAAAGAUGGUAAAAUAGCUUGUCAACAAGAGGGUGUGUUUCGAACUAACUGUAUGGAUUGUUUAGAUAGAACCAAUGUUGUACAGAGUAUGUUAGCUAGAGAAAUUUUACAAGAGCAAUUACAGAGAUUAGGAAUUUUAGCAGUUGGCGAAAAAAUUGAAAUUGGGUGCAGUUUUGAUUUGAUUUUUAAAAAUUUAUGGGCAGAUAAUGCUGAUUAUUUAGCAAAACAGUAUGCUGGUACAGGAGCGCUAAAAACAGAUUUUACAAGAACGGGGAAACGAACCAAAAUGGGUCUUGUAAUGGAUGGAUGGAAUUCAGCAGUUAGAUAUUUCAAAAAUAAUUUUGCUGAUGGAUUCAGACAGGAUGCCAUAGAUCUGUUUCUAGGAAACUAUAUUGUAGAAGAAAACGAAGGAAUAACACAAAAUUCACCACUCAGAGGUGAAAGAGAUUGGAAAGUUAUUUCUCUACCUAUAAUUUGUUUGGUUGCCAUGGCAAUGUGUCUGAUCUGUAUACUCCUGCCUAGUGAACAUUUUAGUGAACAGUUAAUGUAUCUUGCAUUUUGGGGAGGUUCAGCAAUUUUCUCUUUAGUUGCCAUGUUUGUUUACGGCCAGGAUUUCGUAGAUCUACCAAAGUUGGCUCAAGCUAAAGUGAAAGUAGAAUGAAUUGGGAUCAAAGACAAAUUUUAAACUGAUUUUAACCAUUACAUUGGUGAACAGUUUUAGUCAAGGGCUUCAUUUUUAUAAAAAGUGAGUGUGUGAGAAAAAAAGCACACUUGCAUAUUUUUGCAAGAGCUUUCAAUUCAUUCUGCAGCACCUGAUAAAAAUACUUGCUAUUAAUACACUAAGCCUGAUAAUAGAAUGACGUUAUGGUUUUGAGCCAUGACUGUCCUUGCCGAUCUGCCAAUUACAUAAGUUGUUUCAGCUAAUUUAAGAAAUCGUCUAGUAUUAUACUCACAAAUUGCUUCGACCAAGAAAUUCUUGUACAUAAAUACAAUGACGAUGUUUCUUUAGUCAUUGCGCAAAAAGUUGUACCCCAUUGAAUAAAAAAGUGAUUAUUCUUUCUAGCUGAACUGGGUUUGUGAAAACUUUUUCUCGGGUCAAUUAAAUGUAUAUUUUUUCAUUGAUACUUGAGCGACUAAAUGGUCGAGACUCUGCUAUAAAAAACAUCAUGGCUGUUGUCAUCAGGAAUUGUAGUGAUUUUGGAAUGUUUAUGACAAGAUUUAUGCCUUCAAAAAUUUUAGCAUGUGCUAUUUUUCAUGCCUGAAAUUCUUAAGCGCUCGUCAAAAAAAUGAAGCCCUAUUAGUCAAUUGUAUAUUUACAUAUAAUCUGCACAGAUUUUGAGUAAUGUUGAUUAGAACAAGAAUGAUAUCAGUGUUAUAUGGAGGUCAUUUCAGAUUUUUCUUGAUGAUACGAAAAGUUAAUUCUUAAAUUGGCCCGGCUAUUAAUUAGAUCGCACUAUUUAAUAUCUGAACAAAUUACUACGCUAUAGAAUUGUUUUUUUCAAUUGAGAUUGGAAGUAUUAUGGUAAUGGAUGCUGUUGAAAGUUGUACAGAUGUAAAUCUCUUGAACAACAUAGAUUAAUAUAUAUUUAUUGAAGAAUUUGUUAGAAUUUUUUUUAUUUUUAUUAUUUAUGUUAUUGACAUCAAUGAACUUCGAUAUGUACCAGUAAUACAACUACCCGUAUUUUGUUGAAGUGUGGUCUGAGAUAAUGUACUUAAAUAUUUGAGAAUUUUUUAAUUCCAAUUUGCUUGCUUCCGACUGAAAUCUAAACAAUUUUGAUAUUUUUCUGUUAUUAUUAAGCCAUUAAGAAAGAAAAUUGAAAUGUAAUUUUCUAAAUGAAUUUUUCUGAAGUCAUGAUCAACAGUCAUGGAUAUAUCAACAAGUGACUAUCAUUACAAUUACCUUCAACACAGGACUAUCUCUUCAAAAUUACACUAACUGAUCAAUGUGCUUGGAUGAACAGUGUCAACACUCUGUUGUAGUACAAAUUAAUUUAGAUAAAUUUGAAUCAAUUCCAAUCUAUAGCAUUUUCUAAAUUUGUACCACCAGAGUGUUCGCACCAUGCAUGAACUUAACCCUAUAAAUACAUCACAAUUCUGAUUAAAGAAAUGACAUGAAAGUGACACCAAAGUUAUAUGAUGUCUGGUAACCAAUAUUCUCUUGAAAUUGUUUACUUCUCAAUUACUUUUGUUAAGGUUUUCACUACAGUAUCUCACCCCUUCAAGCUCAUUUUCAGUAGUAGUUUUCUGUGUACUAUGGACAGUUUAUCUCCAUUAUUUAUUAAAACCAACAAUUUUAUUAAUACGAUUUUAAAUUUGACCCAGCCAGUUCUGUGUAUGCUGUCACAAAUUCUGACAUUUAUUUAUAACAUUCACCCAAUCACUGUAGUCUGAAGUAAAUUAUUGAUUGCACCCCCACCAAAUGAUCUGCUUGACUAGCUAGGAAAUCUCAGAAUUUUGUGUAGCAGUCAACUUUCUAGCAAUAAGGCAUCUAAAUGUUUUAAUUAUGUCUUGCUCAUUUUGUCCCAUUAACAACCAAAAUUUUUAAACCUGAAAAUCCAUGCAGUCUGCCUUAGGCAACAUUACACAAAUGUGUCAUUUAUAAAAUUUUGUGGUGGAGGUGAUAUAUAUAUGUAAAUCUUGAGACUUUUCCAACUAAACAUUGGUGUACCUAGUAUCUUAUGAGAUCAAGCAUACAGUUAUUAAUAUUUAGUCAAAUUUCACUGAAUUUAAUAAUUCUCAGUUUAUGUGUGGACUUCUGUUUAAAUAAUCCCCAUUUUUGAAAAUUAUAAAAUGUUGACCACAGCUAGAGAAUGUUUCGUGCUACAUUCCAUCUUCACAAUAUCAAUUAAAAUAUAUACGUCCAAUACCUUGACUGUAUUAGCUGACCAGUUCAGUAUCUAUGUAGACCUGAAUUAAAUUUCACAAUAUCCUACAUCCUCUUCACAGAAUAUAAACAAGCCAAUGACAAUCAGCGAUAUAUUAAUGAUAUAUUUGAUCUUCAUUUAUUUUCGUAAUAAUGUCAGAUGGUAUUUAUAGAAAGGACAUCUACAACAGUUUGCAUAAUAUGGCACUUAUGAAACAUAAUUUUCUAUGUAUCAGACUGGGGGUUGGACAGUCAAAUGGUCUAACAUAUUCGCUGGAUUAUCUCUGGAAACUUUGGUUUCCUUCCCUGGCUAAAGACCCUUUCCGAUAUUAUUGCAAUAUGUCUGUCGUGAAAUUAAACUCCUGUCUUUUCUAUCAGCCUUUCUGCUCAACAUUGUGAAGAUGCUAUAUGUACCCUUACAUUAAAUGACAAAAAAUUGAAAUAAUAAUAAAACAUAUCGAUGUAUAUAUAAAGAGACUAUUUAAUGAUAUACAUAACAGUAAUUAGAAAUAGACAAAUUUGUUGACAUAUUGUUUUAGUUUGUGUCAUCACAGAGAAAAAUGCACCAGAAGAUGACAGGUUUAUAGACAGUCCCCAUUACUAAAAUGAUUAAACAAGUCAAAAAUACUCUCUAGCUCUGUUCAAUAACUUUUGAUCUCUAAUUUUGAAAGCAGAUAAGGUCAUUUGCCCAGGUUAACACAAAUCCAUCUAGUAUGUAGUCCAACAGCUAUUCAUAGCACUGGAAAAAAAUACAUUAACCCUUUGUUGUCACACCAAACAAUCCGUUGACCUUAUCUUGUUUUCAGAUUUAGAGAUAAAUAUGUAUUGAACCAGGUCCCUUUUCACUAAACGGUGCAUAAAAUACAGAGUAUAAAUUGGUCAUUGAAAAAUUUGUAGACUAAAGUAUGAUUUUUAUACUACGCUGUUUAGUGAAAAAAGGGGUCCCUGAGCUAUACAUAUGUACAGAAUAUACAAUGUAAGUAAAAAUUGUUUAUUAUAUUAUAUAUAAUAUUAUGUACAGUUUAAACUGAUAUAGAUAAUAAAUAAAUAAAAUAAAAUAUAAAAAUAAA